GAAGCAAGAAGUCACAUAGUCUGCUGCCAAGUGAAAAUAAAAAAUUGGAACCAGUUUCUGAAGUGGGACUAAGUACCAGUAUAAAGCUGGAACCAGUUUUUGAAGUGGGACCAAGUAACAGUUUAGAACUGGAACCAGUGUUUGAAGUUGGACCCACUAACAGUAUAAAACUGAAAUCAGUAUCUGAA